AUGUCGGCCGGAUCUAACAACACGGACAAUAGAGUCAAGUUACCUACCAUUAAACUUCCGCGUUUUGAUGGAAAAAUCGAGGAGUGGAAAUAUUUUUCGGAUAGUUUUCGCUCAAUGAUUCACGACAAGCCACAUCUGUCCAAUAUGGACAAGCUUCAAUAUCUAGUUACAUCGAUUUCGGGUGAUGCCGCGAAAAUCAUAGAAUCGAUUGAGUUAUCACAGGAUAAUUACAUGACCGCAUGGGAUUUAUUGCAGCAGCGAUACAACGAUCCUAGGUCCCUUAAGAAAAAACACAUUGAGAGUCUAUUUACAAUGCCAACGGUGGCGAAGGAGUCCGCAAAGGCUCUUCGUGAUCUAAUCGAUUAUACUUCAAGCCAUUUAAGGAUAUUGAAGGUUCUAGGUUCGCCUACUGAGGCGUGGGAUGAGCUCGUCAUGCAUAUGAUGGAAGCGAGAUUCGAUGUGAGAACUCUUCGAGCUUGGGAGGAGGAGUUGGAAAGAAAAGAAGAGGCAAGUUUGGACGAUAUGUUGCAGUUUUUGAGGAGGAGAUGUCAAACCUUGGAGCGUAUUGAGUCGAGGUCAGUCGAUAAGAUGGAGAAAUCCUCCAAGGGAUCUGCCAAUACUGGUUUGAAAUCACAAUCCUCAGCUAGGGGUGUUGCAAAACAAAGAACGGCUUCUUUGACCACCUCUCUAAACUCAGGUAAAUGUUAUCUUUGCAAUGGGGCACAUUUCAUAUAUUCUUGCGAGAAAUUUCUAGAUUUGCCAGUCCCUGACCGAAUCAAGGAGGUCAGACGAUUAAAGUUGUGCCUGAACUGCUUAAAAAACGACCACUUCGCAAGGACCUGCAGAAUGGGUAGAUGCAAGGAAUGUGGGGAGAGGCACAAUACUCUCUGCCACCUAUCGCAGGACAACAGGGUCGCUGCGAACCCAGAGGUCCCGGAGCAUGGUAGCAGGACAAGUAACGAGACGAUCAACAAGGUGGUAGUUCACGCCUCAAACCACACAAACGGGCGUCGAAUACUUAUGGCCACAGCGAUAGUGGAGGCAGCGCAACGCAAUGGAUCGUAUGUGGAGAUACGCGUGCUUCUUGACAGCGCGAGCGAAGCUAAUUUUAUUACUCAGGCAGCUCAUAACAGGUUAGGUCUAAAGCGAAGUCGAGUAUCCGAGAUCGUUACCGGUUUAAACGAAAUAGAGAACAGGGUGAGUAGCGUUUGCGAGGUUCAAGUCAAAUCGAGAUGUUCCAACUUCAGAAUUAACGCUCAAUGUUUGAUUGUACCCAGAAUCACUAAAAACUUGCCAUCCUCAGAGAUGGAUUCUGGCGGGAUACACUUGCCCAGCAAUCUCACUCUGGCCGACUUGGGGUUUUGCAAGACAGGCCCAAUAGAUAUGCUAAUUGGCGCUGAGUUCUUUUUCGAUUUAAUGGAACCGGGAAAAAUAGAACUUGAAAAGGGGCAAUUGAUCUUGCAGAACACCAAACUCGGAUGGAUAGUAGCAGGAGUAAUGCCAUCAAUUGCACUAGGAAAUCUGACUUGCAAUCGAGGCACGGUGAGCUCGCUAACUUGUUCGUUGAAGUCUAGCGAAGCUUUAAGCGAGAGCCUAGAAAAGUUUUGGAAGUUGGAAAAUUACGACGUUCCCGAUGCCCGAGUACUAUCGAUGGAUGAAAAGAAAUGCGAACAACAUUUUGAACAAACUACUACGCGAGCAAGCGACGGUAGAUUUAUCGUAAGACUGCCGUUUCGAGACAAAGAUUUACCCAUCGGUAGUAACAGGAAAAUAGCGCUUAGGAGACUCAAUCAUGUGGAGCGUGCAUUUAAGGGCAACUUGACAUAUCGCGAUCGCUAUACUCCGUUCAUGUUUGAAUAUGUCAAGUUAGGCCAUAUGUCAAUUGUAAGCGAUCCCGUUAGCGAUCCCGAGAAUAUAGUUUACUUGCCUCAUCAUGGGGUAUUUAAGGAAUCUAGUACUAGUACAAAACUGCGCGUUGUAUUUGAUGCAUCGGCGAAAAAUAACGUAGGCGUGUCAUUGAACGACGCUCUCCAUAUUGGAGCAGAUUUACAAAAGAUGUUUCGUCAGGUGUUAGUUCAUCCUGAUGAUAGAGAUUUCCAACGCAUUCUAUGGCGAUUUUCCUUAGACGAACCAGUAGGGGAGUAUCGUUUAAAUACCGUUAUUUACGGCCAAGGUUGUGCGACGUACCUAGCCGUGCGAUGCCUUAGACAAUUAGCAAUGGAACAAUUAGAGAAGUAUCCACUGGCAUCGUCCGCAAUACUCAAUGAUACUUACGUCGAUGAUAUAAUUUCUGGAGCGGACACAGUCGAUGCGGCUCGUGCUCUGCAGGAGCAAUUGUCGAGUUUGUUGCGUGAGGGGGGAUUCGAGGCGCAUAAAUGGUGUUCUAAUUCGGAAAGCGUAUUAACAGAAAUACCAAUGAAUUUGCGCGGGUCGGGUUCAAAUUUAAAUAUUGACACGAAUGACACCACUAGCGCCUUGGGUCUCGAAUGGAAUCCUGCUUCAGACGAGUUCCUCUUUAAAGUACAAAUGGUGGGUGGCGUAUCCACAAAGCGUAGGAUGUUGUCGGCGAUCAGCAAGCUGUUCGAUCCUCUGGGAUUGAUAGGUCCAGUUCUAACGAAAGCCAAGGUUUUAAUGCAGGAGCUCUGGCAAAUUAAAGUAGAUUGGGAUGACCCUCUUCCUGAUGCAGUCUUGGACAGAUGGAAGAGGUUCCAAGAAAAUUUAAAGGAAGCUAAUGCACUGCGAGUACCUCGAGUAAUUGCUAGUUCUUUGAAAGAUAAUCGGUUUUUCGUGCAAGGCUUUUGUGAUGCGUCUGAAAAGGCGUACGGUGCAUGCAUCUACUUGCAAUCUGUGAAUAGAAAUGAUGGCAGGACAACAGUCGAAUUGUUAUGUUCUAAGGCGAGAGUAGCUCCUUUAAAGAAAACGUCUAUUCCUAGAUUGGAAUUGUGUAGUGCGUUAUUGUUAUCGAAAUUAAUUGAUAAGGUCAAACGAGCGAUGCGAAUAAGAGUCGACGGAAUUUCUGCAUGGUCCGAUUCCAUGGUUGUACUUUAUUGGCUUCAUGGGGAUGUAUCGAGAUGGAAGUCCUUUGUGUCGAAUCGCGUAUCGGAUAUCAUCGAGAUUUUACCUGCAAUUCACUGGAACCAUGUCAAGGGUCUGGAAAAUCCAGCUGACUUGAUUUCAAGAGGAGCCACACCUGCUCAACUCAGGGAUAGCCAUCUAUGGUGGAAUGGUCCAGAAUGGCUGGCCGUUCCUUCCCAUUCACCAGAUCCAGAGAAAUCUGAAUGGGAGUUCAUCGAGGAUGAUAUCUCCAGCGCUAAAGAGGAGAUGAGAAGGGAGAGACAAGUCUGCCAUUUGAGCGUACAACAGCCGUCAUCACCGAGCGAGAUAAUCCACAAGCUAGUCGAGGAUUGUUCAACGCUAACAAAAAUCGAGAGAUCUUUGGCUUAUUGCCUUAGAUUCAUCUCCAACUGCCGCAAGAAAAAGGAAGACAGAAUUCUAUCCAGGUUAACAUUGCCAGAGUUGGAAGAAGCACGGUGUGAAAUAAUCAAAUAUUCACAACAUGUGCACUUCAAGGAAGAUCUGAGGAAUCUACAAGGCAAUAAAGGACUGAGCAGAGCGAGUCGUCUGCAUCAGUUGCAUGCCUUUCUGGACAAAAAUGGUGUCCUCAGGGUGGGCGGCCGACUUCAGGAAACUCCAUGGAGUUUUGAUAGGAAGCAUCCAAUUUUGUUGCCAGCGAAAUGCAAGAUUACACAUCUAAUGAUUGAAAGAGGACAUCGCGCGCUAUUGCAUGCCAGUCCUCAACUACUAUUGUCAUCAAUUCGACAGCAAUAUUGGCCAUUGAAUGCUAGAAAUUUAGUACGACGAAUCUGCCAUUCGUGUGUCUGGUGUGCUAGAAAUAAUCCGAGAGGUCUGACCCAAGCCAUGGGGUCACUUCCUGGGGACAGAGUCAAGCCUUCCAGAGCCUUUUCGAUUACUGGCGUGGACUUUGCGGGCCUGAUUAUUACACUGGUCAAUAAGGGACGUGCUCGGAAAACCUGCAAAUCUUACAUAGCAUUAUUCAUAUGCUUUGCGACAAGGGCUAUUCAUUUGGAAGCAACGAGUGAACUGACCACAGCGGCGUUCUUGGCGACUCUGCGGAGAUUCAUAGGGCGACGAGGGAUACCUUGUAAAAUUUGUAGUGACAAUGCUACGAAUUUCACAGGCGCCAAACGAGAAUUGGAGGAGCUCUACUCCUUCGUCCGGAAUUCCAUAAAUGGAGCAGUUGGUGACGCUUUGCUCGACGAUGGUAUCGAGUGGACCUUCAUUCCCCCCCACUCACCUCACCUGGGAGGCCUAUGGGAAGCCGGGGUGAAGUCCUGCAAAUACCACCUGAAGCGCGUGAUGGGCAAUACCUUGUUGACCUUCGAAGAGUUGACCACGCUUCUAGUACAGAUCGAGGCGUGCCUAAAUUCUAGACCAUUGUCACCCUUGUCUCCGGAUCCAUCAGACUUGCAGCCCUUAACUCCAGGACAUUUUUUAAUAGGGGGACCGUUGACCAGCCUUCCUGAGAUCAGCCUGUCGGACGUAAGGUACAAUCGCCUUGACAGAUGGGAGCUGAUACAGCGUUCCCUUCAGGACUUUUGGAAACGGUGGGCGGCUGAGUACGUGGCCAAUCUGCAGAGCCGCGUCAAAUGGAAAACGGAGCAGAAUAAUUUAAAAGUCAAUGAUCUCGUGCUACUUAGGGAUGACAAUAUUCAGCCUUUGAAGUGGAGAAUGGGGCGUGUUAUAGAGACUCACACCGGGAAGGACGGAUUGGUGCGUAUCGUGACGGUGCGAACGUCUUCCGGCACUACUAAACGUGCAGUCUCAAAACUUUGCAAAUUACCUGUGAACGAUUAG